AUGACAUCUUUCUUCAGAUAUUCCCGACAGUCUUGUGGUGGACGUGAAAGUAUAGGCUGGCGUAUGUAUGUAAGUAUUCCUUGUACAACGAAAGAUUUCAAAUGGUUCAUAUUCCCAUUAUACGCUCCGACGUCUCCUAUUCAUACCGUUUACUCGGCCCUGAAACAUUUUAUAAAUAUACCAAAUGACGAAAAUUAUCCUUAUUAUUUCUUUCUUUCUUUCUUUCUUUCUUUCUACUUUCUUUUUUCUUCCUUUUUUCCUUUUUUCUUUUCUUUCUUUCUUUUUUACUUUCUUACUUCUUCUUUCUUUUUUCUUCCUUUUUCCUUUCUUUUCUUUUUUCAUUCUUACUUAGUUUUCUUUCUUUCUUUCUUUCUUUAUUUAUUUAUUUAUUUUUUCAUUUUUUUAUUUUUCAUCAUCAUUUUUCCUUUCUUUUUUUUUUUUUUCAUUCUCUUUACUAUUUAUUUUUUUUUUUCUUUUUCUUUUCUUUCUUUCUUUCUUUCUUUAUUUAUUUAUUUAUUUAUUUAUUUUUCUUUUUUUUCCUUUCUUCUUUUCUUUUUUUCUUACAUUCUUACUUUCUUUUCUUUCUUUCUUUCUUUCUUUAUUUUUUUUUCUUCCUUUUCCUUUCUUCUUUUUUUUUUUUUCUUUUUUUCUUACUUUUUCUUUCUUUCUUUCUUUCUUUCUUUCUUUAUUUUCUUUCUUCCUUUUCCCUUUCUUCUUUUCUUUUUUCAUUCUUACUUUCUUACUUUUUCUUUCUUUCUUUCUUUCUUUCUUUCUUUAUUUAUUUAUUUUUUUAUUUUUUCUUCUUUUUUCCUUUCUUCUUUUCUUUUUUCAUUCUUACUUUCUUACUUUUUCUUUCCUUCUUUCUUUAUUUUUUCUUCCUUUUUCCUUUCUUCAUUUCUUUCUUUUUUCUUACUUUCUUACUUUUUCUUUCUUUCUUUCUUUAUUUUUUCUUCCUUUGUCCUUUCUUCUUUUCUUUCUUUUUUCUUACUGUCUUACUUUUUCAUUCUUUCUUUCCUUCUUUCUUUCUUUCUUUUUAUUUAUUUCUCUCUUCUUUCUUUUUCUUUUCUUCUUUCUUUUUUCUUUUAUCUUUCUUUCUUUAUCUUUUUAUUUAUCUUUCUUUUUCUUUCUUUCUUUAUCUUUCUUUCUGUUUUCUUUCUUUCAUCCUUUCUUUCUUUAUUCCUUCUUUCUUUCUGA